AUGGGCUGCUCCACGAGCACCGACGAGUGGUGGUGCGUGUGGCUCAAACCAUCCGCGUGCGAUGAAGCCGACAUCGCAGCGGACUGCGCCAGCACGUGCUGCCGUGCAGCAGCCGUCAACGCCACUCUCGAUUCACUGGCCGACGAUUUACUGUCCGUUUCAGUCGCGCUCGAUACGGCCUGGAAGCUGCUUUGCGGAGUUCUUGUGAUGCUCAUGCAGCUCGGCUUCGCGAUGCUCGAGGCUGGAACUGUCCGCGAGCACAACGUCAUCGCAACCUACGCCAAGAAUAUCAUUGACGUAAUCCUUGGCACGCUGAUCGCCGCUUUGUGGGGCUACUCCGUCGCCUACGGCGGCACGUGGCCGCUUGCUUGGGACGAAGACACCACCGCCGAGGACCACUACUCCUUCUUCGUCUUCCUCGCCUUCCAGUCCACCUGCGCGACAAUCGUGUCCGGCGCGAUGGCGGAGCGGACCGCG